CAUUUUAGUUUACAAUAAGUUGAUAAUUUUAGAGGUUUUGCUAUAUACAUAUUCGCUUUGCUAAGCUGGCCGGUAUUCUUUUUCCCUUGGCACUUGCCAUGAUGCCUGAAAUUUUGAAUCGAUCAACAUAAUAUGUUGCAUGGUAAUGUUUUUUUUACAGUUUGUGUACCGACUUUCAAGCAAUUUUUUCCUUCUUUAUUUAUUUAAGAUUGGCAAAAACGCACAGUUUCCGGCUGUUUUUGUACGAAUUUAUUGUUUUUGCUAAUUUUUCUUUAAUUAUGGGGUUGAUGGCAGCGAGCAAACGGCGCGUGACGUGAAGUAACGGUCUGUGAUUGUUCCACUUGUUGGUAGCCAGUAAAAAACCGCGUAAAAAAGCUGCACUGCACUAUCACUCACUCGCUUUUCUCACCCGCAGAGUCCCUCGCACCGCUCGCACCCUGCACCUGCGACACAAAAAUCAGCUGCUGGAAGGGACAGGUGGUCCAUAGACAUGGAUUCAAAAAACGCUUCUAGUGCUAGCAGGGAGGACAGGUGCAAUAAAAGGCCUCAAAUUGAUGUUGUGGGAUGAAGCGUUUAAUAAAAUUCCAUUUAAAAUUCAAAAUCAAGAGAGGAUGGAGAGUGGAGGGAAGUUGCAGUUUGUGCUGCUCGCGAUUUGCCUUCAGAUCUUCAAAUGUUCCUGCUCCUCCCUCACUUUUGAACACAGGAAUCUUAACACCUGGGAAAUUCUGAUUGGAGCUAAUGAAAAUGAAUUCCUGUACGACUUCUGCCGGUACGAUGCAUCAGAAAACAUCGAACGGUGCAAGAAUAAGGCAAGCGCCACUGUGGACAUGAAAUCAACAUGCAAUUGCACCGUGAAUGACACUGCAAUUGAGGAAGAGGACUCUGUAUACUUCACCGUCAACUGCAACAAUGAAACACUUGACGGCUUGAUUGGUGCCUGCCCACAAAAACUGACCAUCAUUUACGAGCACGGCGACGUGCGUCAUCUAGAUACAAGCGUCCUGGAAACACCGACUGCCACCCAAAUGCAAGAUGAAAGCAGCAGCUUCCUGGUUUUGAUUCUGCUUUUAUCCCUAUUAAUCCUGUCACUCGUGACCAACGUGGCCUUUGGCGUCGUAUUGUACAUGCUUAAAAAACAAGUGUCAACUCUGAAGAUGGAGAAAAAGCAGAUGAAGGAGUUGUUGUUUAACAAGCACUAAAAAAACUUCGAAUUGCUUUGUUGAAAAUGUUUAAUUAUGAUAUAGAAAUUUAAUUUAUAUUUAUGCAGUAAAAGUAAAUUAAAAUUUCUCACCAAAAUAAAAU